AGCAGCCCGUGCGAGGCUGUCCUGGAGACCCCGCGCUGCCUGCACCUCUAUCGUCUCGGUUGUCAUGGAUGAUGAAGACGGCAGGUGCCUUCUAGAUGUAAUUUGUGACCCAGAAGCUCUCAAUGACUUUCUUCAUGGAUCUGAGACCCAUUUGGACACUGACGACCUUUUGGAUGGUUCGAGUGACCCCUCCAGCUCGUUCUUCUCUACCACUGGGGGCCAUGUUCCAGAGGUCCAGCCGGCGGUCCAGUUGUCGGCCAACGAGUCGACGGGCCUCCCCAGAGUCAGUGUUGACCUGGACUUCCUGGAAGAUGAUGACAUCCUGGGAGGAUCCCCGGGUGGAGAAGGUGGGAGCAAUGGCAUUGGGACGAACCACGAGCCGUGCGACAUCCUGCAGCAGAGCCUGGCUGAAGCCAACAUCACAGAGCAAAGCCUACAGGAGGCCGAGGCUGAGCUGGACCUGGGCUCCUUUGGAAUUCCAGGCCUCACACAAGUGGUUCAGACGCUGCCCGAUGCCAGCCUCUCUGGGGCGGGAGGCACUGCGGUUGGUGUAGGCAUCGGUGUCGGGGGGACAGCAGCGAUUUUCCCUGGAUCAGCCCCGAACGCCACGGUGACCCCCCCAAACGCGACAGCUGACAUGCUGGGAUCGGUGCUCGCUCAGCAGGGCCUUCAGAUCCAACCCCAAGUCAUGAACAAGGCCAUUAGCGUUCAGCCUUUUAUGCAGCCCGUGGGCCUGGGAAAUGUGACACUUCAAUCCAUUUCGAGUAUCCAAGCUCUUUCAAACGGAGGUCAGUCUGGACAUUUGGGGAUCGGACAGAUUCAGGUUGUGGGUCAGCCUACAGUCAUGACUAUCAAUCAGUCUGGGCAACCAAUCCUGGCUAAGGCCAUGGGUGGCUACCAGCUGCACCAAUCUGGAGCAGAGGUUUCAGGAGCUGGUUCUCAGGCAGGGCUUGGAGCCUCGGGAGGUGGACUUUUGAUCCAAAGCAACAAGGCCACUUUGGGAUCUCCAGCUUUAAAUGGACCUGCCGUUUGUGUCAGUAGCACGAACAGCAGCAGUGGUGGUACAAUGACUGCUCCCGCUGGGCUUGUGGGCUUUAGCAGCACCCCUCUAAGUUCAGGAAUUGGACCCCAGACGCAAACCCAAGGCCAAAUCAUGCAAAACGUGAUCAUCCAGAGGACACCGACACCCAUUCAGCCUAAACCCCCACAGGGGGGAGCCAUCCAACCGAAGCUCUUUAAACAGCAACCACAGCCGCAGCAGCAGUCCCAGCCACAGCCAGCGCCCCAAGCCCUGCAAAAUGAUGCCCAUAAGGCUCUUGGGCUGCAGCAGCUCCCAGUUUCUGCUGCUCAGAAUGUCGCCUUCCUGACAGGAAAGCCAGGCUCAAAUGUUGUCCUGAGUACACAAGCCACAACACAAGGCCCUCAGUUUCAACAAACCUUGUUCAAGCAACAAGCAGCACAAGCGUCUGGAAAGCCUCUGAGUGUACAUUUAUUAAACCAACCGAGCAGCAUCGUUAUUCCCUCUCAGACUGUUCUACAAGGUCAAAACCACCAGUUUCUCUUGCCGCAGCUACAGGCGGGUGGACAGAUCCUCACGCAGCACCCUGGGGGCCACAUCAUCACUAGUCAGGGGCCUGGUACACAACUCAUUGCAAACCAGAUUUUAACUGCAAACCAGAACAUCAAUUUGGGUCAGGUGUUGACUUCACAGGGCCAUCCUGGUGCUGCCCACAUCCUCUCCGGACCCAUUCAGCUACAACAUGGCCAGAUGGGCACGCCCACACUCUUUCAGAUGCCCGUUUCGUUGGCUCAGAGUCAAAAUCAGACACAGACCCACACUGUCUCAGGUCAUGCCCAGACAGUCAUACAGGGCAUGCCCAUCCAGAACUCCCUGACCAUGCUGAGUCAAGUGGAGGGCCUGAGUCCUGCCGUCAGCCUUCAGCCCGCCCUGCAGCAGCAGCCCGGUGGAGUCCCCAGCAGCACGGGAGCCGUAACCAUGGCUCAAGGCCAGCCCGGAGAGUGCGUUACCGUGCUGGGAAGCUCCACGGACCAGGCUGCUCAUCCUCCUCAGCAGCUUGUACAGCAGUCAUCGAUCCUCGCCAUGCAACCGGCUCCCUCUGUGUCCACAGCGACCACAGUUCCCUCCUCUUCUCCGUCCAUGUCUGUUCCCACCUCCUCUUCCGUCACAGCGGUGGGGCUGGUCCCCCCUCAGGCUCAGCACAGUCCGGGAAGGUUACUGUUCACCAACCAAGGGUCCAGCAUGAUCCUGAGCCAGGAGUCUCUGCAGAUGUUCCUGCAACAGGAGCAGCACCAUCAAACAGAGAAUGAGUCAACCCCCUCUGUGGGCGUUCCGGCGUCUGUAAUCGUCAGCAGCAACAGCGUCACUACUCCAGCCCCCGCUGUCCAUGACAGCCAAUUAACAGACUCAUGGGUGGGUCAGAGCCACAGCCCUUCCCCUGGCCCCUCCCCCAUGACAACAGUGGGGAAGCAGGUUCCCUCCAGUGGACAGCAACAGCCCCUGAAGAUCCAGAACAUGUCCCCCUCGCCAGCCUUGACGUCGCACGCCGCCGCGCCCCCGGUGGCGGAAAGCCCCCAGCCCUCGCAGUCCCCUCUCACCCUGAGCCAGCAGAUCCAGUCACCGCACCAUCAGCAGCAGUCGCGUCCCCCGUCCCAGCCUCAGCCGCAGCCCCAAACCCCCUCUCGCUCGUGCACGCCUUCAUCUCACCCCCCACUCUUUAUUGUCCAUAACCAAAUCGCGGAGUCCCCUCAACCCGCCGCCCAAGGCCAGCCCCAGCAAACGCCGCCCCAGCAGGCGCACAUUCAAGUUCAGCUGCAGCCCCAGCCGCGGCCGGCUUCUCAGCCCGCCCCUUAUCAACAGGAUAUGCCUCCCAUGUCGCAGUCGCCCAAGCCUCCUCCCGCACCGCCGGCGCAGCACCAGUUCACUGCGCCUCCUGUCAGCGUUUGCGCCACCGCCGUCGUGAAGACCCAGCUUCCCAUCCAGGGCCUGACGUCGGAUCAGCAGCACCACCUGCAGAUAAUAGCAGCACAAAUUCAGACUCUGUCGUCCAUCGCUCAGCCGUCGCCUCAGCAGAAACAGCUGCUGGAGAAGCUGCACCAGGUCCAGCAUAGCAUCAUGAUCCAAGCCAAGCAGCCCCCCCAGCCUCAGCCUCAGCCUCAGCCUCAGCCUCAGCCUCAGCCUCAAGCCACCAGUCAGUUCAGUUCCCAGCAAGGUGUGCCUGUUGAUAAAGUGGUGAUCGCAUCAUCCGCCAGCGCUGCUGCUCCCGCUCCGCUCCCCUCAAUGCUGCAGCCGACGUCAGUGCUCGUUAAAACUCCUGCUACAGCAUCAAGUGACUUACAGGUAUUCUCAGGAGGCCAAGGGCCAGCUGGAGCAAUGGUGAAUCAGACUGUCACUCCUGCCAGCCUUACUCAGCCUGUACAGGUUCAGCCAAAGCCAGGAGUGAUCAGCUCAGUGGGGGGGAUGACUCUGGGGAAAGGUGGGAUGCAGAUACAGGUGUUGGGAGGUAACCUGACUCAAAUGCCUGCUCCACAGCCCCCAGCUCCCGUGCAAACUCAGACGACAACAAUGAAAAUGCCUUUCAGUGCAGAGCCCAGUAAAGAAGCCAGGAUGCUUGAACAGCUAAGAAAACAUCAGGGUUCAGCGCUUCAUCCAAACUACAGUGCUCCUUUCCACUCUUUCGAGGACACACUGCACAGACUGCUGCCUUACCAUCUCUACCAGGGAACUGCCAACUCUUCUCAAGACUAUCAAAGAGUGGAUGAUGAGUUUGAGAGGGUCUCAUGCCAGCUGUUGAAAAGGACCCAGGCCAUGCUGGAUAAAUAUCGUUACUUGCUCUUUGCGGAGUCAAAACAGAGACUGGGCCCCUCGGCAGAGAUGGUGAUGAUCGACCGGAUGUUCAUUCAGGAGGAGAAGAUCGCUUUAAAUCAGGACAAGGUUCUGGCCAAGGAGAGACCAGAGGAGUUUGUGGCAAACGUGCGAAUGUUGGAGAGCGUCCUCUCUCAAAAGAAAUCAUCACCUGCUGAACCCACGCCAGCGAGUACCGGCGUCUCUUCUGCUGCUGCUGCUCCUGCACCCGCUGCCCCCGCCCCGGCCCCCCUCCCCAACGUUACCCCGAAUCCUGCCCCCGCCCCGACUCCAGCUCCAGCUCCAGCUCCCGCCUCCCUGCCCCCUGCUGCUUCAGCUCCCCCUGCCGCCCCGUCCGUUUCCCCUUUCCCCCCAACCAAGCUGGUCAUCAAGCAGGGAGGGGGCGGAGCUUCUGUGUCCUGGUCCAGCAGCUGCCCCCCGCCUCCAGCUGCAGCAGCCAAGCCGGCGACCGAACCCACCGGCCAGAGCUCCUCUUUCAGCCGUCCUCCAUCAGCAUCCUCCUCGUUCUCCUCCUCGGGCUCUAAAGCGGCGGCCGACGACGACGACGCCCUGCCGCAGCGAACCAGCAAGCCCCCCAUUAAGACCUACGAGGCCCGCAGGAGAAUCGGCUUGAAGUUGAAGAUCAAGCAGGAUCAGACUGGGUUCAGUAAGGUGGUCCACAACACUGCCUUAGAUCCGGUGCACACACCUCAACCUCAGCCGAGCAGCCAGUCGGCGGCGCAGCAGCAGACUCAGCCGGAAGCCGCUGGACCACAUGCAAAGCCCCGCCCUUUGUCGACCCCCCCUCCCUCGGUCAUCAGAACUCAGUCCCCCGUAUGCACUGCUUCAUCCGGGUUAUCGGUCACGAUAUCAACCUCUCAGUCUAACGCACCGUCGAGAGGCAGCAAUCCCUCCAGCGCAGCGCCAUCCUCCUCCUCCUCCUCCUCCUCCUCCACGCAGAUGAACGGGACGCUGGAUCACCACGACACGGCCGGGUUGAAACACAACCCCUCCUCCACUGCCACCCCCUCACAGACAACCUGCCGCCUGCCCCUCCGAAAGACCUACCGGGAAAACAUCAGCCCCCGGGUCCGGCCCGGCGUCCCGGGCGGCGGCGACGAGAGUCUGUCCUACCCCAGAACCACGCCGUCGCCCCCCAGGCACGAGGCCUCCACCCCUCCCUCAGAGCGAACAGUGAUAGCCAGCGUGAAGGUGGAGAAAAGAGACAGGGAGGCCCUGCACGCUCGCACGGAGGCGAGCCACGACGGGGGCCGCCUGGGCGGCGCCGUGCAGGGGCUGAGCGAAAUGGACGAGGUCUUUAACCGCGGGAUUAAAACCGCUCAACACCACCACCUCCCGCAGUUCCUCGACAGGGAGGGCGCCAAGGAGAGGGCGGAGGAGCACACAGACCAAGAGACAGAUGUAAGUACUUUUAAAAGAUUGAGCGGAAAAAAUAGACACAGGGUGGGGGGGACGUUUAGGAUGGACCAGCAUGCACCUGGGCCUCCGUCCCCGGAGUCCUCCUUCGCUCGAGACUCUUUGCUUCCUGCCAAACGUUGCAAGUCGGACUCUCCUGACAUGGACAAUGCCAGCUUCUCCAGCGGCAGCCCUCCGGACGACUCUCUGAACGAGCACCUGCAGUGCGCCAUCGACAGCAUCCUGAACCUGCAGCAGGAGCCCUCGGCCCGCGGGCACCACAUCAAAGGGGGCGGCAGGUCCCACCAACACCAAAGUCAGCGGGCGGGGGGCUCGGCGUCCUCGUCCCACAGGUCUGCGGCCCCGCCCCCUUCCUCGGCCUCUGCGUCGUCCUCGUUGGCCCAGCACCCUCAGGUCGGCGGCCGCGGCCACAACGGCAGCCUGGUGCCCCAGACUCAGAGCAGAUAACAGCCCCUCGGCCGCUGGCCGGACACACGGGGGAGGGCGGGACUGAGAGGACAGUGCGGGGGGCAGGGGAAGGGGAAGGGGGCGCUGUGAACACAAUAUCACUGUACUACUCUGCCAAGCUGUGUUGGCUCUGUUUGUCCAUUUGAAUUGUCCAGACAUUUCCUUACCAUUCGCAUUAAAUGAGUGUGGUCAAAGGUAAAAUGGUGACAUUGCAGACUUGAAGGUGCCUGACAGGCUAUGAGUGUGUGUGCGUGUGUGUGUGUGUUUGUGAGUGUGUUGUGUGUAGCAGACAAGAGAAACAACACAAAAAAAAGGCUGUUCUCUUGAAUCCAUGCUCAUCUUGACCCCCUCCCCUCCCCUCCCCUCCCAGUAUUUAUACAUUCCUUUCAUGUUGCCUGGGCUCCACUCUCCAUUCUCAGCGGUUUCUCUCCAGGUUGUCCGAGCGAACAUCAGGCAGCUUGUCUCUACUGUCUCUUCACUUGACUGUCCUCAUCAGAAAAGGAUGAAACUGUUGCAGUCCCGUGCCUCUCGCCACAGACGUAACGCUGCCCGACAGAUGCAAACAAACAGGCUGAAACGAUGCAGUCCGUCUUAGUAAUCAAUAAUCCGUGACUUUAUAUAGCAUUUAAACACACGAGCUCAGUUACACUAGUCUCACAGCAGCUGCUCGUCUUUAAUUUGAGCGGUCGGUCACCCUCCACCAUGCUUUUAUGUAGACGCUGCGUGCGCUUUUCAGCGAAACACGUUUGAAGGGUUUUCUUCUCGUCUGUGCUUGGAUACUGAAGUACUGAUCUGGCAGGAUGUAAAUGAAAGUAGGUUUGUUUUUUGUUUUUUUUUCCUGCUUUCGCCGUCAGAUGCUUUCUCCAGCAUCGUGUGUUUAGACCACGCCUUGACGCGCUCCACACACCUGCCCUGCCUGUUGCUUUUCAUGCCAGGUUCAGUCUUUAUGCAUCUCAGUCCGCAGCGGUCAGGCAAGUUUUAACACAUCUUCUGUGUGCGCGCGCGCGCGUGUGUGUGUGUGUGUGUGUGUGUGUGUGAGUGAGAGAGUCUCAUCUCUUUGCCUCUGUGUCCCUGCCUCCCAUGUAUGUUUUUAUUUUUUUAUUUUUUUUUUUAAAGCCUGGUGGACAAUUCAAACACAAACACAGCACAAGCAUUGAAAUGGGGAAAAAAAGGAACAAUAAUAAUGUACAAAAAAGACCGUAAGAGAAUUUGAAGUAUAGUAUUACAGAUUAAUUUUGUAUUGUAUUUAUUGUGUAUAAUGACACUUUUUAAAAAGAAAUGUACAUUUAGUAAAACUGUAAAUUAAACCUUGCUUCUUUUAUGAAA